GUACAGCCACUACGAGAACAUCAGUUAUAUUGGGGAGCAACGUGUGCGGGUCGACGGGAGAGAGGAGCUCGUGAAGUACUGGCACCGUUACAUGGACUAUGGAGACGGCCAAGGUACCGAUUAUGUUUUCGUGGACCAUCCUAGUAUAGAGCGCCAGGGCGGUCUCUACAACGGCGACGACGGGCGGGAGUACUCGGAUAAUCUGUUCCGCUUCACCUUGCUGUCGCUGGCUGCGCUGGAGGCGCCCCUGAACCUGGUGAUACGAGGGAGCAAGUACGGCGACAAGGUGCUGUUCUUGGCCAACGACUGGCAGGCGGGCCUCGUGCCGCUCUACCUCUGCUACAAGUACCGCUGCAACCGGUGCUACGAGCAGGCACGAUGCAUCUACGUGGUGCACAACCUUGGAUACCAGGGGCAGUAUCACGGCGUCAAUUCGUGCAACUUUUUUGGAGUGGACCAGAAGGCGGCCCACGACCUCGCCAUGGGCAACAGCGUCAACCUGUGCAAGGGGGCGCUGAUCUGUUCGGACCGCGUCAUCACAGUUUCCCCCAACUACAUGAGAGAGAUCCAGACGCCGCAGGGCGGCUUCAACCUUCAGGACUUCGUGCGCGCCAAGGGCCAGCGCCUGCACGGCAUCCUGAAUGGCAUCGACGACUGCUGGAACCCCGAGACGGACAGCAACAUCGUGAGAACAUUCGGCGUGGAUGACUUCGUGCCCGCGAAGCGCGCGAACAAGUUGGCGCUCCAGAGGUCGCUGGGCCUGGCCGAGGACCCGGACAGAGUCCUGAUCGGCUUCGUCGGGCGGCUCACGUGGCAGAAAGGCGUCGACGUGAUGGGGUCCAUCAUCAGCUGGCUCAUGGAGGACACGGGCAACGGCGUCACGGGCCACGCCCAGCUCAUCAUGAUGGGGAACGGCGAGAGGCAAUAUGCAGAUACGUUGCGAUGGGGGCAGCAGGCUUAUCCUGGCCGGGUUGUCGGUUAUGUCGGUUUUGAUCCGAAGGCUGCUGCGAGUCUUUGUUCUUCAGCUUGACAUGCGCAUGUCAUCGUUGCUGCAGCAUUUCUUGCGAAAUGGAACUGUGUUGCGGAAGCGUCGACGUGCACAUCAGGCUUGCUUGUUGAUUUGCUUGCGGUCAAGACAAUCAUGGCAGCGGUACCAUAGUAGUCCUCAGCGUCCAUGGCAAGGCCUAUGCUUCCCCUCCUUCACGCUAUGCGGCUCAUCACCGUUCUGCCCUAUGCUACUUUAGCGGAGGCAUGUUCUGACAGUCUCUCGUCACCAUGAGGUACCCCGACUAGUGCCCGCAAUGGUUUGAUGUAGUCACAAUGUGCCCGUAUUGCGCUACGUCUAUUCGGCGUGCCCUUGGGUUGUCAUUCUUCGUGUUGUCCCUCAUUCUCACCUCGCGCUCUCUAGCAUUUUACUAUCCUUCAUCGCCUCCGUCUGCUGUGCUUCGCUCAGCAUCUCUGUUGCGUCUCCCUCACUGCAGAUUGAGCACCAGAUUAUGGCUGGCGCUGACCUCUUCCUCAUGCCAUCCAGAUACGAGCCGUGUGGUCUCAUUUCUCGUGUGCUGAAAUUCAGUCUUGGGUAUCCACGCGCGCACUCCGACUAGGUGCUUAUAUUGUAUGACAUUACCUAUCCAAUAGUUGUUUCGCACAGUGAUUGGUACGAAUGCGUGGUGCCUGGACGUGUCGAAGCCAACUGUUUACGGCAAUGGUCAUCAUCUCUCUGCCUCACAUACUUUUUGUCACUCACGCUCCGUGCAUUCCACUGUCUCGGUGUAGCAGGGAUGCGAAGAAACACGGCUGCGUUGAAGGGCCAGGAUGGCGUACGUGUGGUUAGGUUGGUUGGUUUGUGCGCGUGCGUAGUGCCGCGGAGGAGCAGG